AUGUCGAUGUAUUCGAACCAUUCGAAUGUCCCUCGACCAGCCCAACCCUCGGCACAACUCUCGACCACAACGCUGCUCAAUGCGCUGCACUCUGUCUGGACCAGCAGCCAGCCCUAUGCACUCGAGUCUAGCACCAGUCUUGUUGUCAACACAUGGGUCACCACCAUGAUCACUGGCCCUGACGGCAGGCAAGGAGGCACAGUAGAUGCUGAACUGGGCCAGCGUGCAUGGGAACACGCUCGGAGAAGAGCAGAGGACGGCUGCAUCGUCUUGGGCUCUCUCCACGAAUCCACACCCUCGCUACUUGUCCCUUUCCUCUCUUCGCUACCCGUUGCCGUACCCUCGACUCUAUACACUGCCCUGAAUGCAGUCCGCCCCUUCCUCCACUCAGUCACACCACGAAACCCCUCGGCAGCACAGCACAACGGUCUGGCAGCUGUCCUCAACCUCAAUCUCGAGGGAGAGUUGACAGGUGCUUCGCUAAGCCUCUCUUCAUCUGGAACCAAUGUUGCAAGAGGCCUCACCGACGUCCCAGCUGAGAUUGGCUACCGUGCAUUCGAUGUCUUCUACUAUCUAUUGGCGAGUGCCUCGCCCGCCGAGAAGGAGUUUUUGAAUCUGCAAGAGCCCAAGGCUUAUGCCCUCUUGAAGAAGACCGACACAUACACCCCUCCGUUGUACCUCCCCACCGCCGAUGAUGCAGCCGCUGCAGAUGACUUCCGUGCCUCGCUUAAAGAGAUUGGUAUCAAAGGUGCUGCUCUCAGAAACUUGCUUUCGGUCGUGGCUGCCAUCUUAAAGCUUGGAGAGACCAUGGGGUUCCUAGUCGAUGAGGAUAUUCUGGAGAACGUCUGCGAAGAAGUUGCCGACUUGCUCGACUUGGACUCUGAAGUCUUGACCAAGAAGUGCGAUACUAUGGAACGCCAGACCUUGAUGGCUGCCAUUUACGAGGCCCUGGUCGACUGGGUUGUCGCUCGCGCCAACGAAGCCAUUCGUAUGGAGCUUCGCAACGGCGGCCUCGUCAACUCUUCGAGCGGAAGUGACACCGAGAACUCUGGAGGCAUUUUGACCCCACCUCCAGGUGAGGAGGGUGCUGAUACCGUCAACCUGACCAUUCUCGACUUGCCUAGCGUCGCCAUGGGCAAAGCAAUGGCUUUACGCACUGUUUUCGACGACUCGACUGGUAUCAAUCUCGAGAUGAAGGAGGAUGGAGUACCUUCCUACCAUGUCGGUACAUCGAUCAUGAAAGAGAUGAAGGAUGCCGUCGAUGUCAACGCGGCAGAGCUUGAGAUUCCUGGCCAUGUGGCCACAAGAGAGCGCGAAGAGGUACUUGACCGCCGAGAGGGACUCCUCGAGAAGAUUGGUGUCGAGACAGAAGCCGACAGUUUCUUGAGACGUCUCUUGUACCCAACCGAAGGUGAGGGCAUUCAGCUUGGUAGAGCUGGUCGCUUCAACCUUAUGAACGUCUUGGGAAGUAGCCGUGUCUGGUUCCAGCUCGCGCUUCAUCCCACCGACGAGUCCCCAGCAUCUCUUGCAAACCACGCACCCAACACUUUCCCAUGGUCCGCUGGAUCGGUUUCUAGUCAAAUCCGCUCAUGGAGACUUCCUGAGUGGGCCAACCAUCGCAACAAGAAGCUCGACUACACUGCCGAUUUCGAUAUCAACGAGUUCCAGGAGCGCUAUGCACGCCUUGGCUGCCAGCUUGGCCGUGACGGUGUCGAAAGUUGGGUCAUGGAACGUGGCUGGAGCAAUGGAGAAGUUGUCAUUGGCCAUGAGAGAAUCUGGAUUCGCGAAGCCCCUUGGUGGGAGGCCGAAAGUAUGCUUGAUCUGAAGCCCAUGGAUCCUUCAAUGGACGCUGCUGGACCCUUUGGUGGCCAAUACCAGGUGUCCACUCCAAUGGUUGAGGACGGGUUCUACCAACAGCCUUACCACGACAACCCUAGCAACCCUUUCCUCAGUCGCAACCAGAGCUUUGCCAGCAGAAGUCAACUCGGAGCUAAGUCCAUCGCACCCUCAAAAGCCCCGACUAUGCAAGGCCGCCCCGGAGAUUACGGUCUUGGUGUCAAGGGCGAUGACAAGUAUGGCGACGUGACGUAUUACGGCGAGAUCGAAGACGGUGACGCCAAAGUCAUUACAGAGGUACCUAUCACUUUCAGUCGCAAAGCUUGGGUCUGGACUGUGUGGGCUUUGACCUUCUACGUUCCCUCGCCUGCUCUCCGAUACAUCGGUCGCAUGAAGCGUCCCGACGUUCGUCAAGCAUGGAGAGAGAAACUUGCUCUCAUGAUCAUCAUCUUCAUCAUUAACGCCACUGUCGUUUUCUACAUUGUCGCAUUUGGCAAAUUGCUGUGUCCCAACUACGACAAAGCCUGGAACGCCAAGGAAGUCGGCUACCAUGCGGCAUCCAAUGAUUACUAUGUCAGUCAUCACGGCCGUGUCUACGACCUCACCAAAUUCCACAAGACUCAGCACAGUGAUGGAGUCACAAAAACGACUAUUGAAGCCAUGGAACCGUUCGGUGGCACUGAUGUCAGCGGAUACAUUGUCCCUCCUCUUACCGUUGCUUGCCCGAAUCUAGUCACUAGCACAUCCAUCUCACUGACUUCCAACACCACCCUGGAAUAUCCGCAAGCCAUGCACAGUUCAGGUCCCAUAGCCACUCCAGACAACACUACGGCUCUGCAUAGUAUUGAUUGGUACGGCGACAAGUUCUUGCCCAAGAUGAAAGAGUUCUACAAGGGUGAUUUGGUCGUCAAGAAGAGCAAGGUCAAGAGCGAAGGUUCAGACCUCAACCACUACUGGUUUACUCUUGACAACAAGAUCUACGACUUGACCGACUACUUCCACACUCUUGACCUGAUGAACAAUCUCGCCACUUAUGCAUUCUUCCCAUCUGAGUUCACGGCCAUGGUUCAGAGUAACCCUGGUCUUAACAUCAAGUCAGAGUUUGAGGAAAAGUUCCCCGAUGCUCAAAACCGGUCUAAAAUCACUCAAUGUCUGGACAACAUGUUCUACAGCGGCAAGCUCGACUUCAGACAAUCCGCUCGUUGUCAAGUCAACAACUACAUUCUGCUUUCGUUCACCAUCAUUCUUUGUACUGUCAUCGUGGUCAAGUUUUUGGCUGCUCUCCAGUUCGGCUCCAAGCCUCGUCCAAGCCCUCAGGACAAAUUUGUCAUCUGUCAAGUCCCUGCCUACACUGAGGGUGAGGACCAUCUUAGAAAGGGUCUUGACUCGCUCACGUCUUUGGCAUACGACAACAAGAGAAAGCUCAUUUGUGUUAUUUGCGAUGGAAUGAUUGUUGGUGGAGGUAACGACCGCCCGACGCCCAAGAUUGUCCUCGAUAUCCUCGGUGUCGAUCCCAAGAUUGAUCCUCCUGCUCUUCCAUUCAAAUCUAUCGGUGCUGGUGCAGAACAACUGAACUACGGAAAGGUUUACUCUGGUCUCUACGAGUUUGAAGGCAACGUCGUUCCUUACAUUGUUGUCGUCAAGUGCGGUAAAGAGUCCGAGCAGGCCAAGGCUAAGCCCGGUAACCGUGGUAAGCGUGACUCGCAGAUUCUGCUCAUGAGCUUCCUCAACAGAGUACACCACCGCUCUCCUAUGUCGCCUCUUGAGCUGGAAAUGUUCCAUCAGAUCAACAAUGUCAUCGGUGUGGACCCCGAACUAUACGAGUAUCUCUUCAUGGUCGAUGCGGAUACUCUAGUCAAGGAAGACUCUCUCACUCGCCUGGUUGCUGCUUGUACAAACGACUCCAAGAUUGCCGGUAUCUGUGGCGAAACCAGUCUGGAAAACGAAGAACAGUCUUGGACUACCAUGAUCCAGGUCUACGAAUACUACAUCUCGCAUCAUUUGUCAAAAGCUUUCGAGAGUUUAUUCGGCAGUGUCACUUGUCUUCCUGGAUGUUUCACCAUGUACCGUCUUCGAACAGCAGACAAGGGCAAACCUCUUAUUAUCGCUGAUGCUGUCAUUGAAGAAUACAGUGACUGCAACGUCGACACUUUGCACAAGAAGAACUUGUUGUCUCUUGGUGAGGAUCGUUGGUUGACAACUCUGAUGACCAAGAACUUCCCUACCAUGUCCUUCAAGUUUAUUCCUGACGCAUACGCCCAAACUGCUGCGCCCGAGACAUGGAGCAUUCUUCUUUCUCAGAGACGUCGCUGGAUUAACUCGACCAUUCACAACUUGGCUGAACUCAUGCUGAUCAAGGAUAUGUGCGGCUUCUGUUGUUUCUCUAUGCGUUUCGUCGUUUUCAUCGAUCUGUUCGGUACUGUCAUUCUUCCGGCCACCGUCGUCUACCUCGUCUACCUCAUUGUCACGGCAUCGACUGGCGGUCAAUUCCCCUUGAUUUCGAUCAUCAUGUUGGCUGGUGUGUACGGUCUGCAAGCUGUCAUCUUCAUUGCAAAGAGACAAUGGCAACACAUUGGAUGGAUGAUCUGCUACUUGGCCGCCUACCCUCUCUACUCCUUCGUCUUGCCCGUCUACUCUUUCUGGAAGCAGGAUGACUUCUCAUGGGGUAACACCCGUAUUGUCAUUGGAGAGACUGGUGCUAAGCAAGUCAUUGCCGUGGACGCCGAAGAAUUUGAUCCUCGCAGUAUUCCUCUGCAGCGCUGGGACGACUAUGCCUACCAGAACCAACUCCCUGGCCGCCGCGGCAUGGUCGCUCAAGAGAAGGAGAUGGGCUUCUCACCUUUCCAAGAUAAUGGAGGCUACGAGAUGGAUGACAUUCGCUCAGUCUACUCAUCUGUCCAUCCGGCAUCCACCAUUCUCACCGGUCUUCCGAACAACAAUAUGUCCUACCGCCCACCUACCCAAUCUCCUGGCCCCUACAACGCAUACAACCGCAUGUCUAGCUACUCGCGCUUCACAGAUACUAUGCCUGGCGCCAACGAGAACUCACGUCUCAUGUCUAUGGGCAACAUGAGCGACGCCUCGCCCGGCCUCCCUCGCAAUCCUAGCAACCAAUACCUGUCCUCCCAGCCCGACUUGCUCUCGCCCAAGCUCUCACCUCCUCCUUCCGCUGGCUUCCCUCCUAGAUCUCGCAGUCCGCUCUCGCAGGCUCCAUCUCGUGCUGCCAGCACAUUCGGUCUUCCCGGUUUCCAAACACAGGGAAUCACCGACGGCCAGAUUGUUGAUGCGGUCAGAGAUUGCUUGAGAGACGUUGACUUGGACCAAGUGACGAAGAAGCAACUCAAGGUGCUUACAGAGCAACGUCUCCAGGUCCAACUGGACCCCCAAAAGAGAGCAUUCCUGGACCAACAGAUUGACUUUGAAUUAGCAAACAUGUAA